GUUUGGGACUAAUUAAUUUGUAAAUACAUAUCUAGGUCAGAGAUUCUAUGGCCAGAAAAGUUGCCAAGAAAAAGUACUUGGGCUGCUGGUCUUGGGCCACUGUGGUGGAGGUUUGGGGUACAUAUAUCAGAGUAACCCAUCAUCGAUGUUACUAGGAUCAAUGGGUACGAUACUCACAUUCCAUCAAAUAUCAAAAACUGUAGAUUUAAUGCCUAGAAAAAGGAUGUUGGGUCCUGAAAAGGAUAAAGAAGAAUCGGUAUUUGGAACAUAAAUUAAUCCAUAUAUAGAGAACCCUCACCAUCCAAUUCCUUUUAAAUGAAACAAAACAAUAAAAUAGAGCCUGUCUGGGAAAACAAGACAGAAUUUGCAAAAUGAGGGUUGUAGAAACAUGGGAAGGAAGAGAAAAUAAAGUUGAGGGCAAGUCAAAGAGCAAUCAGUUCAAAAGGGAAACAAAUCAAACUAGAAGAAUGAGAAGAAAAUCUCAUUCAAAGUAGUCAGACCUUUACAGCUCGGGAAACAUAAUCUAACAUAUCAAAUGAUAAAGAGCUUUUAAGAUUCUUGAUUUACUUUCUAGCAUAUAUUCCUAUAUUUACUUUCUGCUAUGUGCACUAUCCCCUUGGGGAAUGGAAAAAACAAACUGUUACACAUAAAUCAAAGAAGCAAAACAAAUAAAGGGUAAAAUAAUAUUGGAAGAAGAAUAUUUUGAGAGAACUCAUUUUCAUAUAUCAUAUUAUUUUUUCUCUGUGUCUAACUUUUUAUUUUUUUAAUUUCAUUAACUGCCCAUAUAACAAUGCAACAGCAGAUUCUCAAUCAUCCCCUCCACUCUAAAGGAAACAGCCAUGAUUGCACCCAGCAAUGCUUUUCACUAUGGAAACCUAAGCUCUUGAGCUACCCACCUUCUUUCGUUCCUGCUUGCUUUCUCCAUCUUCUAGUAUAUAUCUGUCAGUCCCAUCAUCUUUAUUUUCACCCCCACCAUAUCAUCCUUUUUUUUUCUUAGUUUCCAUGAUGGAUCCCUCAUGUUCCACCUCUUCUGUCAAUGGCUUCUACAACUUUCUCAACCAAGGACUCGACGAUCUUGAUCAUUCCUUGCUCUCUCACGACUUCAUGUCAAUCCAAUACCUUCAGAAGGUGCUAUCCUCACUAAGAUCCUUUAAUUGCCAGCUAACCAUUUUGGUUCAAAAGCUUCACUUGCCAAUAGGUGAUAAAUGGCUCGACGAAUACAUGGAUGAAAGUUCUAGGCUUUGGGAAGCAUGUCAAGUGCUCAAAUCUGGUGCCUCCGGAAUGGAAAAUUACUAUUCGACUGCUGCCAAUAUAGAAACCUCGAUGGAUGGCUGUCGCCAUUUGAGCCCUCAGCUCUCUCGUCAGGUGAUUCGGGCUAUAAGUGGUUGCCGGAGGGAAAUUGUAGCAUUGGAAGAGGAUCACAAGAGUUUGAUGGAAACAAGAAUUCAACCACUCUCAUUAUGUUUCGAUGAGAACAUUUCGACAACAUCAAAUUUCAACGGGUUCUAUGGUUUUCGAGGUGUUCUUUAUGCAAUGAGGAACAUUAGCUCAUUGCUUUUGAUGAUCUUGCUUUGUGGACUUGUGUAUUGUUGGCCUGCAUCGAGCUUUUGCCAAGGAGGAUCAGGGUUCGAGGGGAAUAAUGCUGUAUUUGGCUCAGGCUUGAUGGUUUCAAUCAAAAGAUUGCAGCAAAGAGUUGCGGAUGAGAUGGAACAAAUUGAUCAAGGGCAGCCUGGGAUUUUGCUGCACGAGCUCCGGGAAGCGAAGGCAGCAAUGGAAGAGUUGAAAGUUGAAAUGGAGAGAUUUUUGGAGUAUGAAAUUGAGAUUGAUGUCCAAGACAGGGUCGAGAGGUUGAAGAGUUGCUUUGGGUCGUUGAGAUGUGGGGUGGAGGCCAUCAUUGGACAGAUUGAUGAUUUUUUCGAUGAAAUAGUUGAAUGGAGGAAGAAGCUUUUGGACAUGUGCACUCAUAGGUAGCAAGAAACUCUGGACAUGUGAAGCCCUGAGUUCAAAAAGAAAAGGAUCAAAGUACGUGAGUGAAAAAAAAAAAAAAAAAAAAGCAUUUUGCUGAACUGGCACUAGUGUCAGCCAUCUCUCUUCAAUUUUUUUUUUUUUUUUUUUUUUUUUAAUCUUCUCUACUGUCUUGAAGUCACUUUGUUUUGAAGCCACAACAGUGUUGAAGCUUUAAGACAGCUUUCCAGAGGAAACCCAAAAAGGAAAAAUAUGGAGUAAAGAGAAUGUGAUUCUUCCUUACAAGAAAAGUAACAUUAUUACCCAAACAGAAGAAACAGGGAAGAAUAUUAAGAUAGCUAAUGGCUUGAAUGGAAAGCAAGAUUUUCCUACCAAAAGGUCAGAUUCUUCUCUUGAAAUGAGAAGAUAAUAUAAAUGAGGUUAAAAAAAAAAAAAAAAUUGCCUCUUGUUUGUCCCAGAGGACAAGGAAUCUUUGAUGAUGAAAUAUUCAACAUGUAUGACAGUAUGAUGUCCAUGAGAUUUCUGUUAAAACACUUUGAAAGAUAACAUAAAUCCCUUUAAUUUUGUAGUACUA